AUGGAAGAUGGUGCACUUGAGGAGUUGGCUAAGAAUUCCAUACCAUGUGUUGGAAUGGAAUUUGAAUCGGAUGAAGCUGCACAUGAAUUCUACAAUGAAUAUGGAAGGAUUGUGGGAUUUAGUAUUAACAGAGAUUACCAUACAAAAAGUAAGAAAGAUGGUAUCAUGAUUAGUAGAAAGUUUUUUGAUGAUAAUCACAACCACCUUUUGCAUAUUCCUCAAUUUAUGCAUAUGAUGCCAUCUCAGAGAAAGUUGUGUGAUGCUCAGGGUAUAAAUGUUGAUGUAGUUGAUGAUACUGGUAUAUCACUUAAGGCAUUACAUGAUCUUAUUAGUGCCUUAGUAGGGGGGAAGGAAUUUGUAGGGUUCGUGCAAAAGGACAAAAAAACCUACUUGCGUGCAAAAAGGCAACGAAAUUUGCCAUAUGAUGAAGCAGGAAGUUUGUUGAGAUAUUUCCAGCAACAAGCCACUAAAAAUCCAUAUUUUUACUUUGCAUUUCAGUUGGAUGUUGAUGAAAUGACUACUAACAUUUUUUGGACUGAUCAUCAGAUGAUUACAGAUUAUGGCAUUUUCGGUGAUGUUGUGUCAUUUGACACAAUAUUCCGAACAAACAAAGAGUACCGUUCACUUGCUUUAUUUACUGGCUUUAACCACUUUAGAAUGACUGUGAUUUUUGGUGCUGCAUUAUUAUAUGAUGAAACUACAGCAUCAUUUGAGUGGUUAUUUGAAACUUUCUUGCAUGCAAUGUCAGGGAAAAAGCAUGUUAGUUUUUUCACAGAUCAAGAUCAAGCAAUGGCUAAGGAAAUUUCUAAAAUCAUGCCUGAGGCGCUUCAUAGAAUGAAUAUUAUGGAAAUUCCUAAAAGGUAUAUAUUAGGUCAAUGGAAACUAGAUGCGAAGGAUUAUGCAAUUGAGGAAACAGUUACAGUGGUUGAGAAUGACCCUAAGUUGGUAAUAGCAGCAUGCUACAGAGAUCUUUGUCCUAGAAUGGUAAAACUAACAGCUCGAUCAUCUGAAUACAAACCUACCUAUCAAUUAGUUGAUGAAACUCUUAGGGAUUUGUGUGCAAAAGUAGACAAUAUAAUGACUUCAUUAGGUGGCUCAGGCGCUUCUAGUAGUAGAGGCAAUAUUGAAGUGGGUACCAAAGAAUUUGUAGUUGAUCCAAACUUUGCAUGA